AUGAAUCAAGAACUCUUUUCAAAACGCAAAAACCCUUAUGGCUCAGAUGAAUAUGAAGAUCCGGCAAAUAAUUUGAAAUAUCAACGCAUGGAUUACCGAACAGAAUCCAAAGCAUCUUACUUGGGAGGAAAGACAGGCGUGGAAUUACAAUUGGAUGGCAAUCAACCACCUCCUAAGUUCCCUCAUAAAUACAUUUAUGGCAAUUACAAAAACUAUUACGAAGAUCGACGUAACAAAUACAAACAUCACGAUCCUCGCUUAGAUCUCCUUGACGUGUCAUUGUUUAAGAAUAAGGAUGUAUUGGACAUUGGUUGCAAUUCAGGAAACAUUACUAUUUUUAUCAGUCGAAGAUAUCAGCCAAAAUCUAUUUUGGGAGUUGAUAUUGACAAAGAUCUUAUUCGUAAAGCCAAAAUGCAAACCAAGAUUGAUUAUGCACUUCAGGACCCCUCCGAAGAAAAACAGCAGGGCCCUAUAGAUCUCUGCAUGCGCUUCUCAUAUUUCCCGAAAUCAAUGUCGCAUAUGUUUGGAUACUCUUUCAUGACCCUUCCACCAACUGCAGACUACACUGGAUUUCCGGUCAAUACUACAUUUGAAGAUGGAGAUUGGGUUGAUAUGGAUGUAGAGCCAGAGAGUUAUGACACAAUUAUGGCGCUAAGUGUGACUAAAUGGAUUCAAUUGCAUCGAGGAGACGAGGGUAUCAAGAUGUUCUUUAAAAAAGUCUACAAGAGUCUAAAACCAGGUGGUUCAUUUGUUGUCGAACCACAGCCUUUCGACACAUACUAUCGACGAGCUAAACAAACUGAGGUAGGCUAUGCGGAAGAGACCAGGUUUAUAUUUGAAGGUUUGAGUUUCACGCCAGAUCAAUACGAACCAUAUCUUUUGAAACUGGGAUUCUCAUCUGUUAAACACCUCGGAAAGUCUCUCAAUGACAACAAGGGGUUCAAACGUCCCCUGGAGCUUUAUACGAAAUAA